CUCGAUAUGCACCUUUAGGUUCAAAGUACACAGUCGUCACUUUGAGCGCCCAUCUUACUGAGAGAUCAGACGACACACACAACAGCUCUCCAGGAUGCUUCACAUCAAGGAUGGACGUCUCAGACCUGUCAGUGGUUUCAGACACAUCGCUGUCUUACUACUCCUAAACCACUUUAAUGGAGGUCAGUCUCAGGAGACAAGUCCACCUCAGCCCGUCGUGGCGAUGCUCGGUGAGGACAUCAUUUUACCGUGUCAACUGGAACCUCCGAUGGAUGGUGUUACUAUGACGAUGGAGUGGAGAAGACCUGACUUGGAACCCAGAUUUGUCCUUCUAUGGCACGAUGGACAGGAACUUCUGGCUGUCCAAAACCAGGACUACAGAAGAGCAUCAGUGUCCAUCAACAAGUUGAAGCUCGGAGACUUUUCCCUGAGACUGUCCUCAGUGAAGACCUCCGACAGCGGGACGUACAGAUGCUACUUCCCUAAACUGAAUACAGAAUAUCUGGUUGAGCUUCUUGUUGGUGCUGCCUCCUCACCUGCCACCAGUCUAGCAGGCCUCCACCAGGCCACCAGCGGAGUGAUGAUAGACUGCAGGUCUGGAGGCUGGUACCCAGAGCCUGAGGUGUCGUGGCUGGACGCUGAUGGAAACCUCCUCUCUGCUGGACCUACAGAGACCGUCAGAGGUCCUGAUGAUCUCUACACUGUCAUCAGCAGAGUGACUGUGGAGAAGAGACCCAGCAACAGAUUCACCUGUAGAGUCCAGCAGAAGGACACCAACCAGACCAGAGAGACACACAUUCAUGUUCCAGAGGAUUUCUUUGUGUCUCCAUCCAGCUGUAGUGCAGCUGUUGCCUUCAGCGUGAUGUUGGGCCUCAUGUUUGUUCUCACAGUUGGUCACAGUGUCUGGAAAUGGAGACAGAACAGAACAGAGAGCAAGAAUAAAACCAGAGAGGAAGAGAAGACCAGAGAGCAGCAGGGUUUGAUGGAAGCAGGAGGAAGCAGGGAGGAGCUCAUGGAAGAAAUCAAGAAAAUAAAAGAGGAGUCACAGAAUAAAGAUAAAGACAUGACACAGGUUUUAGAUACCUGACUGAACUGGGACAGGAACUGAAGAAACAGCUCAGUGACCAAAUGGAGAAAGCAGAGAAACAGGCAAAGGAGAAUGAUGAGAAGAUUAAAUCAGUGGAGAGAGAAGUAUCAGAGAAGGAGGGAGAUAAAACAGCUAUCAAAGCUCAGGGAUACUUAAAACUCAGAGACAUCAUAGGAAAGAACAGCUGGAACCUGGAGGAGAGAAGGAGAGAACUUCAAAAACUGGGAAUGGACACAGAGAGACUGAUGAAGAAGACAUAUGAAAUGAAUCCAAACAAAACAAAACCACAAGGAGCAAAUAAAGAAACACCUGGACCAGACGGAGGACAUUUAGAGGAACCUUGACUCCGAGAGAGGAGGGAGUGGUUUACUCAAUCUUAAUUAUUAAAAAGGCUAUAAACCGAAACCUUUACAUAAAUCAUGUAUCAUCACAUGACAAU